AUGGAUACAAUUUUUGAAGUAAUUCUAACAAAUUCAAAAAAGUUAUUUGAUGAAAUUUGUCAAAUAUACAUAAAAUAUUUUGGAAAAGAUUUAUUAGAGGAAAUUAAAGAAAUGACUAAAAAAGAGACUUUAAAAAUAUAUUUUCUGAAGAAUAAAAAGUCUGUUAAAUUAAUUGCGACGAAAGAUUUGAAAACAUUUUUAUAUAAAAUUACAGAAAAUUUGAGAGGAGAUAAAGAACCGAUUGAUGUGCUUAAGGAGGUUUGUAGAUUUGUUUUUUCUAAAGGAACAAAGGACGGUUGGGACAGGAGACAUGAAAUAAAGGAAGGGUCUGGAAGGUUUUGAGUACUCAAAUUUCUUCUCCUCCUUAAGAGGGGGAUUCCGAUUUUUAU